UUGUAUAAAGCGAGAGCGCGGCGUCGGGGCGGGAGGCUCGAGGCCAGCCCGGGACCGGGACCGGGAGCUGCAGACGGCAGCAGAGGAGGCGGUGAGCGCCCGCGCUCUGACGCCCCCAGGCGGCGGGGCUGAGCGAGCACGAGGAUGGCUCCCAGCGCUGCCCUGGGCGUGUUGAGGAUGUUACCGCUUCUGCUGCUGCUGUGGUUUCUGCCUCCGACUGAGGGGUCCCAGCGGGCCGAGCCCAUGUUUAUUGCAGUCACCAACUCGGUUCUGCCUCCCGACUACGACAGCAACCCCACUCAGCUCAACUAUGGUGUGGCAGUUACUGAUGUAGACCACGAUGGGGACUUCGAGAUCGUCGUGGCAGGGUACAAUGGCCCCAACCUGGUUCUGAAGUACGACAGAGCGAAGAAGCGGCUGGUGAACAUCGCUGUAGAUGAGCGCAGCUCACCCUACUAUGCUCUGCGGGACCGGCAAGGCAACGCCAUCGGGGUCACAGCCUGUGACAUUGAUGGGGAUGGCCGUGAGGAGAUCUACUUCCUCAACACCAACAACGCCUUCUCAGGAGUGGCCACAUAUACAGACAAAUUGUUCAAAUUCCGAAAUAACCGGUGGGAAGACAUCCUGAGUGACGAGGUCAACAUGGCCCGUGGUGUAGCCAGCCUCUUUGCAGGACGCUCCGUGGCCUGUGUGGACAGAACGGGCUCUGGACGCUACUCGAUCUACAUUGCCAAUUAUGCCUACGGUAAUGUGGGGCCUGAUGCCCUCAUUGAAAUGGACCCUGAGGCCAGUGACCCCUCUCGGGGCAUCCUGGCACUCAGAGAUGUGGCUGCUGAGGCUGGGGUCAGCAAAUAUACAGGGGGCCGAGGUGUCAGCGUGGGCCCCAUCCUCAGCAAUAGUGCCUCGGACAUCUUCUGUGACAAUGAGAAUGGACCCAACUUCCUGUUCCACAACCAGGGCAAUGGCACCUUCGUGGACGCUGCAGCCAGUGCCGGUGUAGAUGAUCCCCACCAGCAUGGGCGAGGUGUCGCCCUGGCCGACUUCAACCGUGAUGGAAAAGUGGACAUUGUGUAUGGCAACUGGAACGGCCCCCAUCGCCUCUACCUGCAGAUGAGUGCCCAGGGGAAGGUUCGCUUCCGGGACAUUGCCUCACCCAAGUUCGCCAUGCCCUCCCCUGUUCGCACUGUCAUUGCUGCCGACUUCGACAACGACCAGGAGCUGGAGAUCUUCUUCAACAACAUCGCCUAUCGCAGCUCCUCCGCCAACCGCCUUUUCCGCGUCAUCCGCAGGGAGCAUGGAGACCCCCUCAUCGAGGAGCUCAAUCCCGGUGAUGCACUGGAGCCUGAGGGCCGAGGCACAGGGGGCGUGGUGACCGACUUUGAUGGAGACGGGAUGCUGGACCUCAUCUUGUCUCAUGGAGAGUCCAUGGCUCAGCCGCUGUCUGUCUUCCGGGUGAAUCAGGGCUUCAGCAACAACUGGCUGCGAGUGGUGCCACGCACCCAGUUUGGAGCCUUUGCCAGGGGCGCCAAGGUUGUGCUCUACACCAAGAAGAGCGGGGCUCACCUGAGAAUCAUCGAUGGGGGCUCCGGGUACCUUUGUGAGAUGGAGCCCGUGGCACACUUUGGCCUGGGAAGAGACGAAGCCAGCAGUGUGGAGGUGACGUGGCCAGAUGGCAAGAUGGUGAGCCGGAGCGUGGCCAGCAGGGAGCUGAAUUCUGUGCUGCAGAUCCCCUACCCCCGGGAUGAGGACAAACUUCAGGACCCAGCCCCACUGGAGUGCGGCCAAGGAUUCUCCCAGCAGGAAAGGGGCCACUGUGUGGACACCGACGAGUGCAUCCAGUUCCCAUUCGUGUGCCCUCGAGACAAGCCCGUGUGUGUCAACACCUACGGAAGCUACAGGUGCAGGACCAACAAGAGGUGCAGUCGGGGCUACGAGCCCAAUGAGGACGGCACGGCCUGCGUGGACACCUGAGGAAAAACUCCUGUGGCCCUCCUUCAUUCCUUCUUUCCACCUAUCCUGAAAAUUUUGUCUUUAUUGGAAACUCUAAAAAUGACUCAGAUUUGAACCCCGUACCUGCACUUUGAAGUGGCCUUCAACCACAAAAUAAAGCCAAUAACAACAUCCUUGAGGGACAGUGGUGAGGCUCCCAUGAAAUAAAGCAUGUAAGGCACUCUUUCUUCCCAGGGACUGGUCUGAUAAAAUGCAGAGAUUAUUAUAAACUCUUCUCGGCCUUUUGACCUCCUGGUUUCACCUCCAGCAAGCCUGAUUUUACAACAAUCUAUAAGUCAUUAACUGGGGUGAUAUUAGACCUAGAAGAAUCCUUCCCAACAAGACACAUCCAUCACUCAGAGUUCGUUCGGGGACUGGGUGAACACAGCAUCUUCCCUUUGAAGAGUCCAGCUCUGUGGUUAGAGCUGUACCAGAAGCACAGGGCCAAUCUGUACCCAUCCAUCCAUCUGCCUCUCCAGGGUCUCCAGGGUCCAUCUCAAGCCAAGCAGCCUCAGACCCGUCAGGCAUCUCUCCACAGCCAUCUUCGCUAUAUCCAUCCACUUACCCAUCCAUCCAUUCAUCUAUCCACCCUUGGUACUUCACCCUCUGGAGCCCCAGGCCCAGACUUCUAGACAAAGCACGAAGUCCCAGAAGGAUUUACUGUCCCCUACUUAGGGAACCAGGCAGAGACUAUCAGAUAUUUGCUUCCUUUUCUCCUCGCCCAAGAAAUCAGAGCAGAGUCACAGGGACACCACCAGAGAUGAUACCGAGUCUGAUGCCCAGCACGGGGGAAAGCCUGUGGUCACUACUUUUACCCUUUGAGUUAUGCAGUGACCACUUCAGUUAAAUUGCAUCACUCAGUGACCGUGGCCAUCUGCCUCAGUCUGCAUUACCACUUCUCAGCAGCACUCUGCUCCUGGCUUGUGGAUUACAGGCUGUCCCCCCACUUCCUACCCAUGUGUGAUGGGCUGCACCGGCCGCUCACCUGCCAACGGUGAAGCCUUAUGGUAGGCACUCAGGUGGGGAGGAGGAGCUAGAAAUGUGUAAGACAAGACCUUUACUCAAAGAGCUUACCAAUUAGGGGCGAAAGAGGAAAGAGCCCUCUGCAUAUCCGCGGCCUUGUGAGCAGUGUGUAUCGUUUCCUCUUCCAGGGCCUUUCUCAACUCUGCUGUCAGGUGGUAGCUGGUCCCCAAUCACUUUUCCAUUACAGAAAUCGAUAAUGUGAAUUACUCCAAAAUAACGAGCACCUCUAUGCCUUUGCAAAACUAAUUUUUCUGUGUGUGCAUUUGCACAAGUUUCACCCUGGGUCUGGAAUCUGUCUUUAUGAAUCAAUGAAUGCCAUCUUGCAUCUGACUGUGACAUACUGUUGCAGAAUGAAGCAGGGUUUGGAAUCAGAGACUUAGGUUCAGGUCUUUGUUCUGACCCUUAUCAGCUGUGGGCCCUUGCCAAACUACCCGACAAUCUGGAACAUCAGUUUCUUCAUCUAGAAAAUCAGAUUUCAAAUAUAGCCACCCACCAGAGUGUUAGAGAACUAAAUGGAAUAAUAAUGUACAUCGAUGUUACUGGUGUAGAUUAGGGAAUCAGUGAACCCUUGGAUAAUUCUGCUCUGUACAAGAAUCUGAAACCUGCCAUGAAUCUGUAUCGUGAGGCCACUGUAUAAUAAGGUCCUAGUAUCGCUUCCACAUAACAAUAAUAUCUUACAGUGGAAAAACAGAUUAUCAUUUACAAACAGGCAACCCCAUAAUGCUCUCAUUUUACAAAUGACAAAGCAGAGAUUCAGGAAAGUUAAGGAAGUUAUGGAGUCCCUGGCUGGAGCAGCCCUCUGAUUCCCUUCCCUUGGAUUUCUGCCUCCUCCUCCUCCUCCUCCCCUCCUCCCUGACCCAAAACACA